CCUCCCGCGCUGCUGCUCCUGCUCGGGGCCUCGAUGCUCGGGGCUCAACGCGCCCGAGCCCUCAGGGUCUUCAGCGGUCAGAAGGUGUGCUACCCGGCCCUACAGCAGCCCUGCUACAAGAUCGCCUACUUCCAGGACCUGGCACGGCGUGUGGGCUUCCAGGAAGCCCGGCAGGCCUGUGAGCUGGACGGCGGGGCCCUGGUCAGCGUCCGGAGCCGGGCCGAGCAGAGGCUGAUGGAGGGCCUGCUCCAGAACCUCACCGCCUCCGGCUCGGGCCUCUCCGACGGGGAUUUCUGGAUCGGGCUCUGGCGGAGCGGCGAGGGUCAGGCCUCUACGGCGGUCUGUCCGGACCUCUACCGCUGGGCCGACGGAAGCGCUGACCAGUACAGAAACUGGUACACAGACGAACCUUCCUGUGGAAGCGAGGCGUGCGUGGUGAUGUAUCAUCAGCCGACGGCCAACCCCGGUCUCGGCGGGCCUUACCUCUACCAAUGGAACGACGACCGGUGCAACAUGAAGCACAACUUUAUCUGCAAGUACGAAUCAGAGAGUGCUCUAGAAAUAGACCGAACGGGAGCAGAAGAGAACGUGCCAACGGUAGCUGCGGAAAAGCCUUAUGAUGCAAGCAAACCGGAGGAUUCUUACCACGUGGUCGUCACAGAGACGGGUUUAAUUCCGAACCUCAUUUAUGUGGUUAUCCCGACGAUUCCUUUGCUUUUACUGAUCCUGGUGGCCUUUGGGACCUGCUGUUUCCAGAUGCUUCACAAAAGUAAAGGAAGAACUCAAACCAACGCCAACCAAUCCACACUCUGGAUUUCCAAGAACUCGAGGAAGGAGACCAGCAUGGAAGUCUAGCAGCCGGGGGGAGGCGGGCCUCUGUGUAGGCGAAGAAACCUUACCGAGGGCGCUUAGGACAGUUCUCUGCAUCCGGUAUGCGCUCAAUAGAUAGCACCGAUCGAUUGCCGGGGGGCGGGGCCUUGCCUGCGGCCUGCACCCCUCAGCUUGGAAUGGCUUGACCGUCUCCGAGGGUCAGCCGGUGGAACUGAAAGUCCCCGGAAGAGGUCUCCGCGCCGAUCGUUUUCCCGUGUUUGUGAUCCGUUGGCCGGCCGUGCGCUGUGAAGAAUGACGCCGUGCUUAUUUUGCUCGAGGGACCUUCUGGGGUUCACCGGGUCGCGGGCGAGGACGGGAGCAUGCCCGUCCGGGCCCGGAACCAGCCGUACGCUUGUGGUGAAACCGAGGCCAAGGUCCGUGUUUUCUUUCAUCUCAUAAGCCUGUAAUGUAGCCAGUGUUCUGUUCGACGCAUUUA